GUGGGAUUGCAAAGUAUUGUGUAGUGAAUUUUUUCGCCUUCUCUCUCUCUCGUCAGCAUUUUGACGUUUUUUGAACUCGAGAGAGUUCUCCAUCGCGUGCCAAAAAACGCGGCCUCCGCGAAAAAGAGAAGAUUAGAAGCGCAACAAUAAUCGAGGAAAUGUUGAUUGUUGGCCAAGAGUAGGUACAUGCAUACAGUCGGCUCUUCGGGAUCCAUCCGAGACGAAUUUCGCUGAGAAUUUCCCCUCCGAGAGCAAGACGACAAGGCGGUGAAAAAGAAGGAAACAUAAAAUAAAGGAGAAAGUGAUUUCCAAGUCAUAAACAAAUUGGAAGGAAUAGAAAGAAGAAGUAUGUUUAGUGUUGCUCUGAAUAUAAUGGCUCAUUGAUAAGUAGCAGCAAUCAAACGAAUCAAGUAAACAGCCCAAUUGUACAAAGUUUAUCGAUACAUUCCAUAACUUAAAUAAGAAGAAAUCAAUAUGUAAUAAUUUUGAUACAAUAGCAUCAAACAGAAGAAAUAAAUUUGCACUCGAGUCUUCUAUAUCAUACAUAACGAGCAAUGCAUCGCGGCGUGCUAGCAGCGUUCGAUUUCGAUCACACCAUAUGCGACGACAACACCGACGUGGUGGCGCGAAAGUUGCUGCCAGACGAGAGGAUACCCGAGAACGUGAAGGGCCUGUAUAAGUCCAGCGGCUGGAUCGCGUACAUGAGCAGGAUCUUGGAGCUUCUGCACGAGAAUGCCAUCGAUGCCCGGCGAGGAUCUCGUAUUCCCGCGGUCCCGGGGAUGGAGGCGCUCCUCGUCGCUUUGCACGCCAACGGCCACGAGAUCAUCAUCAUCAGCGACUCCAACAGCAUAUUCAUCGACCGUUGGCUGAGGAGCAGGAAGCUCGAGCACGUUGUGUCGCGAAUCUUCACGAAUCCAGCCCGAUACGACGACGACGGCAGAAUGAGGGUCGACAUGUAUCACACCCAGCACACGUGUCAGCUGAGCACUGUCAACCUCUGCAAAGGACAGAUACUGAUGGACUAUAUCAACGAGAGACGCGAGCAGGGCAAACGCUACGAGAGAAUCGUCUACGUCGGUGACGGCAAGAACGAUCUCUGCCCGAUCUUGCGUCUCUCCCAGACCGACCUGGCGUGUCCGCGCAAACGUUACGCGCUCAUCGAGACGCUGAGCAAAUUGCCCCGUGACGCCUCGACGAAGGCGAAAGUCAUACCGUGGGAUGACGGUAGGGAUUUGCGUCGUAAUUUAGAACAGAUUGUAGAGCUUCGUUAGCGCGAGCAUGUUAGAUUCAUCGCUUAAUCGACUAAAAUCGAGAGAGCUAGAUAUUCACAGAUGAUUGACUAACUAUGUAUAUACUUGGUUUUUCCUAUUUUGUAUUUUAUUGUGUUCGCGAAGGAUUCGCCUGAGUAAGGCUUGCUUUUCGGUGAAAAUAUUAAAUAACGAAUCCUUUUUUCCUCUCCACGCUAUUUAUUCCACGAUACAUUACUACAAGAAUAUCCGUUUAAUUAUAUCUUUUCUACAGCAAUAAUAAUAACUCUCGAUUACACAUCAUUUUAUCAGACACAGUUGCUAAGAUUCGUCAGAAAUUUUUUAUAUAAUAAUAAUUGUCAAUCAUACAUCUUUUAUCUGGUCAGAAGCACAAUAUUGCUAAAAUUGUCAAAAAUCAGUUAUACAUAUACAUAUAAAGAUAUAUCAAAUUUCUCAAGGUGAAACAAGUCUGGUCUUUGAUUGAUAAUUUUAACAAAAGCUCUAGAUAAAUAUCUAUCUAUUCUCCAAAUCGUUCAAUUAUCGAAGCACGGUGUGCGCCUUAAAUUUAAAUCAAAAGUGCAAACGUCGCGCGGCACUUCGGAUGUCGAUAUGCAAUUACAUAAGUUGCGCGCGCAUCGCUGGGGUUAGGUUAAGUCGUCGAGUCCGUGACGUGCGCAGAGUGUUCGCGUCUUUGACGUUAAUUCACUGUAUCGCGUUACAUCGUUAUUCCCGCGAGUGUCGGCGGAGAUCAAAAGAAAUUUCACGAGAGCCCGUUUCCGCGAAGCAGAGGCUCGACCGACAUCGAUAUCGAGCACGAUAUUCCCGAAGCCGCGGAUACACCUUCCACGAACACUCUCCCCACGAUCGUCUACUAUUGUCCGUUGUACAACGAAUGUGAAACUUUUACUCGCGAUAAGCGAUAAGUGCAAAGUAAGCGAACGUAUACCUACGAAUUAAUAUUCAUUUUCGUCUAACGGAAUUUUCAGAACACGCAUUUUCAGAAUGCCGAUAGUUAUUUACUAAAGUGAACGCAAAAUAUUCAUAUUGAUGCAUCAUGAUUUUUCCUUUUAUAUGUAAAUGCAAAAUGCGUUUAUCUAAUUGCGAAUGUAGAGAUAUUUUGUGAUAAAAGCACGGGGUUUUUUCUCUCCCCCAUUGGUUCGAGAGACACCAAAAGCACCGUGUUUACGAAAACUUAUGAAUAUAUAAUCCACUAUUAAUCACGAUUACUAUUAUUAUUAUUAUUGUUUAUUUUAUUAAUAAUUGAAUAUAUUGAAUAAGGGAGCUGUAUGUAUUCAUGGGAGCAUGCAUUUAUUUAACUGGAUGUAUCUUGUUGUCUCUUGUUUUAGCAUCCUUACAGAUCUCAUGAAUUUUUAUUAUAUACAUAUUGAGGAUGUUUCUUAUGAUACCGAAGGAAAUUGCGCUUAGAAAUGUUGUAUCGAUUAACCAUUGAGGUGCAUGGAUACAUGAGAAUACUCUCAGUAGAAUUCCUAAGAGCAUUGGUGUCCAGAGAAUUAUGCAUAGAAUG